AAAAGACAAGCAAAGAUGGCUUUCGCUGGAAUUCUUAACGACGCUGACAUCACUGCAGCCCUGCAGGCAUGCCAAGCUGCUGACUCCUUCGAUUACAAGAACUUCUUCGCCAAGGUUGGCCUGCACGGCAAGUCCGCUGACGACAUCAAGAAGGCUUUCGCCAUUAUUGACCAGGACAACAGCGGCUUCAUUGAGGAGGACGAGCUGAAACUGUUCCUGCAGAACUUCUCCGCCGGCGCAAGAGCGCUUACCGACAAAGAGACAAAAGCGUUCUUGGCCGCAGGAGACAGCGACGGUGACGGCAAGAUCGGAGUUGACGAGUUUGCUGCUCUAGUGAAGGCGUAAUUAUCAUCAGACCAAGGUUCAACACUGCUUUUCACGGAACCAGAACUCCUAGCAAGACUCGCCAGCUCGUUCAGCUGACCUAUACAUAU